AUGGAGAAGACAGCACCCCCAGCAGCAGCACCGUCACCGCCGUCACUGAAACCCCUGUCACCCCAAGAAUGGGAGACCCUCAUCGACGACUACCAAUACGGGCCGCCACGGCUCGAGCGCUGGAUCUCAUCAAACUACACCGGCCUUCCUCUCCUCGAACUCUCUCUCUCCUCUCUCCUCCGCAGAGACCUCCCUCUCAAUCUCAAGCUCCACCUCCUCGUCUUCCUCGAAGAACAUUCCUUCUCCUUUUUCGAAACCCCAACCCAACAUUCUCUCACCCUUCUCCUCGAAACCCUCCGUUCGCUAAUCCAAGCUCCACCAGUAGAUAACAUGGUCGCCACUUAUUCUCUCAAAGAACAGUUAAUGGUCUCCACCACCUCUAUAUUCGUAACAUGCACAAUUGAUCUUGAUGGGUCGCUGAAUUCCGAGUAUUUACGCCAACUCGAGAGUUUGAUCGAGCUUUUGUUGAGCAUUAUAAACCGCCCGAACCAUGGCAUCGAUCGGCAGACCCGAGGAAUGGCCUGUGAGUGCUUGAGGGAAUUGGAGAUAGCUUGCCCUUGUUUGUUAUCAGAGAUUGCUGGGCAUUUGUGGGGAUUGUGUCAGAGUGAGAGGACCCAUUGCGCGCAGAGUUAUGUUCUGUUAUUUGCGAGUGUGAUUCAAGGAAUUAUGAUGCGAAAACCCGAUGUUUCGAUUCUUAAUACCUGGAUUCCUAUGAUUCCCUUCAACAUUCCGAGAUUUUUGAUUGAUGAGAAUGGUGCUGGUGAUGGUGCUGAUGGAUUUUUGGAGAAAGAGAUUUCAGAAUCGAGUUAUAAGGAAUUGAGGAGGGCAAUGGCCUUCUUGCUUGAGUGGCCGCAGUAUUUGACUCCAUGUGGGCUGACGGUGUUUAUGUCUAUGAUUAUCCCGGUGGCGGUGGCACUGGAGUUGCAGGCCUCUUUGUUGAAGGUACAGUUUUCGGGACUGCUUUACACAUACGAUCCAUUGUUAUGUCAUGCUUUUCUGGGAAUGUAUUUGCGGUUUUUGGAUACGUUUGAGGGGCAAGAGAGUGAGAUUGCACAUCGGCUUGUGUUGAUCUCAAGAGAAGCCCAGCAUUAUUUGGUCUUCAGAUUGCUUGCUCUUCAUUGGCUGUUGGGAUUUGUUAUAUUGUUAUCGAAACGACAAAUGGGGAAAAAGAAUGCAAUGGUUGAAAUGAGUUUGAGCUUUUAUCCCUCUCUUUUUGAUCCGCUUGCUUUGAAAGCCUUGAAGCUUGACUUGCUUGCGUAUUGCUCCAUGUUACGCUAUGAUUCUAGGCUGGGGAAUUCAAAUGCUGUAUUGGGUUCGGAGGUGGGUACAGGAGGAUCGGCGGUGAAGCUAUUUGAGGAUGGUCUUGUCUCUGUAUCGGCUUUCAAAUGGUUGCCUCCUUGGAGCACAGAAACUGCAGUGGCAUUCCGCACCUUCCAUAAGUUUUUGAUAGGUGCGUCGUCUCAUUCUGAUACUGAUUCUUCUUCCACUAGAAUUCUCAUGGAGUCCACCAUCUUCCACGCUUUACAGUUCUUGGCCCAUGAGUUGUAUGUCUUUAGCUUGUUUGAAUACAAUGUAGAUGUUCGACAUGAAGUCAAAGCUAAAUCUUUGCCUGCUGAAGCUCGGGUUGAGCAUGAAGUCAAUCCAAUAACCUCUAUAAAACUUCAUCCUGAUUAUUUAUCACAAGGAUAUCCAGCAGCUCAACCAUGUGAUAAUUUUUUGAAAUUGGGCCAAUUGCCAUUUUCUGUCGUGACAACUUACAAUGAGGAACAUUCAGUUCAAAGACCAAAAACUCAAAGCUGGUACUCGGCUACUUCUUGUUAUGCUGAGGCUAUCAAACUGUGGAAUCUAAAUUACUUGCUCUAUCACUUUGCAUCAAAUUGGUUUCAAAGCAAGUCUUUUGCUUAG